AUGACUGCUACUAUCAAGAAAAAUUUAAAAAAACGUUCUGCCAAUAAUAAAGAUUCAGGUAAAAUUGUUAAAAAGGCCAAAAACAUUUCUGUUGAUUCUUCUGCUGAAGAAGAAGAGGAAGAAGAAAGUUCUAGUGACGAUGAUUUGGACAACAUUGUUUCAACCGACAGUGAAGAUGAAUUAGAUGAUACAAAUCAGAAAGGAAAAAACACUAACCAUGAUGAAGCUGAAAACACAAGAGAAGAUGGGUCAUCAAGUCUUUCAUCGUCUUCGCAUAGCGAGCAAAAGAAAUUAUUGAAAGAAAGAAAAUUAAAACGUUCGGGUGGUGAAUAUAUCGCAGAAAUUAAAUCCUUAUGGGAAAGAUUACGUGUUAAAAAUCCACCAAUGCCUAAGAACGUUCGUGAAAAAUUAUCUAACCAAGUUUGGGAACUUUCUAAAGAUUGUAUCAGUGAUUUGGUUAUGAAGCAUGAUGCCUCUCGUAUUGUUCAAACUUUGGUCAAAUAUUCAACUAAAGAUAGACGCGAAAAGAUCGUUGAAUCAUUAAGGGGGAAAUAUUACGUAUUGGCCACAUCAUCAUACGGCAAAUAUCUAUUGGUUAAAUUGCUACAUUACGGUUCUAAGAACUCCAGACAAAUAAUUAUCGAUGAAUUGCAUGGCUCGUUGAGAAAGCUAAUGAGACAUCGUGAAGGUGCCUAUGUUAUUGAGGAUUUAUAUGUUUUGUAUGCCUCUCAGGAACAAAGACAGCAAAUGAUUAAAGAAUUCUGGGGCUCGGAAUACGCGAUUUUCAAAGAUUCGCACAAGAGCCUAACAAUUGAAGAUGCCUGCAGCUCAAGUUUAGAGAAGAGAAAUAUUAUUGCCAAGAAUCUAGUUGGUACCAUUACUGCUUCUGUGGAAAAGGGCUCUGCUGGGUUUCAGAUAUUACACGCUGCUAUGAGAGAAUACGUAAAGAUCGCCAAUGAUAAAGAAAUUUCCGAAUUUAUUGAGUUAUUAAGCGAACAUUUUGCAGAAUUGGUUCAUACCCCAGAAGGCAGUGAUGUUGCUUGUACUUUGAUAGCCAAAGCUACUGCAAAGGAGAGGAAAGGGAUUUUAAAAAAUUUAAAAGAUCACGCUGAAAAGCUAAUCCAAAAUGAACAUGGUAACAUUGUUUUUAUUACUAUAUUAAUGUGUGUUGAUGAUACUGUUUUGACAUUCAAAACCUUCCAAAAAACCGUUGCGGAUAAAUUACAAGAAUUUAUAGUGGAAAAGUAUGCAAGAAGACCAUUUUUGUAUAUACUAUUGGGUAUUGAUGGUAAAUAUUUUUCGCCAAUCGUUAAGAAGGACUUGGAUAAAUAUAUUGAAUUUUCUAAAAAGACUUCUAAGAAGCCUUUUGAACAAAGAAGAUCUGAAUUACUAAGCAAAUUUGCUCCAAUUUACUUAAAUGUUGUAUCUAAAUAUUAUAAAGAGAUUUUAUCUGAAAGUAUGGGGUCUCAAUUUGUUAGUGACAUGUUAGUGAACGAUGCAUAUUAUGAACAUUUGACUUCAUCAGAUGAGAAAAAUGCCAAAUUAUUUUCCAAGUUAUUGGAUACUAUAAUUGUCUAUUUUAAAGGUGAUAUUUCUGAAAAAGAUCAUCCUAUUAACAAUCCGUUUUCUGGUAGAUUAUUAAAAUCUUUAAUCCAAGGUGGUAAAUGGAAUAAUAAAGAGAAAAAAUUAAUACAGUUAAGUAAAGUACAAGGAUUGGGUUCUACCUUUGCUAUUAAAUUUUAUGAAGAUAUUAUAGAUUCUAGUAAUUUGCUAGAAUGGUGUAAUAAUCCAAAUGGUUCUUUUACCGUUGUUGCUAUAUAUGAAUGUUUGAAAAAUCAUAAACAUGGACAUUUUUUGAAAGAUUUAAAAAAAAUCAAAAAGGAUAUUAAUACUGAUGAUGAUAGUAACAAAGGUGCUCAAUUAUUAUUAAAGCUAUUGAAAUGA